AUGGAAUGGAAUUUAAAGAAUGCUGCACUUUUUGGGUUUGGAAUUUUAACAACUUUGGGUUACGGAAAAAUAGAGCCGAGAACAACUCAGGGAAGGUUAUUUACUGUUUUUUAUGGUUUUCUUGGAGUUCCCUUUACUGUUAUUAUUUUUACAAAUUUUGGUCGUUAUUUACAAAAAUUUGAAAAAUAUUUAAGGAAACAAUUUUGGCGUAGAUGGAGGCGGCUAUUUAAUAAAAGAAAAACUACACAACAAAUUAUUAGAAAAGAUAGUUUAAAUCCAAAAUCACCAAAUUUAUUAGAAAAUUGUAAUCUACAAAUAGAUGAACAAAUUGAAGAAAUAAUUGAAGAAGAAGAGGAGGAAGAAGAUGAACAUACAUCUCCACUUACUUUAAUUUUUAUUGUUAUACUUUAUUUGUUUCUCGGAGCUAUUUUAAUUGAUUGGCUAGAUGAAAAAGUAGAUUUUCCUAAUGGAAUUUAUUUUGCUUUUCUUUGUUUAACAGCUAUUGAAUAUGGGAAAUUAAUACCUUCUGAGUUAAUUUUUUGGAAAAAUUUCGGAAUACUAAACAGAACGCAAAUGGGUCAAACUAUAUGUCAUUCGAAAGAGCUCGUCGAGUUGAGUCGAAUGAUGAAAAAAUUUUCGUGCGGACUCAUACAGGGGCUGAGAUAUAGGCCCCCGAAAAUCGAAAAACCAUAGGGGGGACCAAGCACUUUUUUGGGGUGAAAAAUUCGAACAUGCAAAUAAUACCUCAUUCGAAAGAGCUCGUCGAGCUGAGUCGAAUGACACCAAAAUCACCGUGAUUGA